UUUAUAACAAAAUGGAUAAAUAUCCGUCGGAGGAUUUCUUUGUUUUCAUCGUUUUCAUCAAGAAGGUGGUCGUUCCACCCCGUAAACGUGACGACGUCAUCUGUGUCACGAUUUAAAAUGAAAGUAAAAAAUGAGCAACUGCCAAAUCAGCAUGAAUAUUUUGCAAUUUGACAAAUAUACUUCUCGCACGACAUUACUUAUUUCGUGAGAAUCUCUGUUCCCCCUGGUGAGAUGGCUUUUAAGCAUUUAAAGCACCCGGUUAAUACAAUUACACUAAUGCAACAAGUUCGAAAACAGACACAAAUCACGAACAUUGGGAGAAGCAAAGUUGAUGCAAAAGCUAUCGAAAAGUAAGAAAGAGAGCUCUGUAAGAUUUCAACAAAGAAGAUGUGGCUGCUUCAAAGUGCUGCCAUUGUAGGCUUGAUGGCUGUUACCAUACAUGCAGCUUUUGUUGAGUUACACCCUUCUAGAAUGAGGAGAGCGGAAACUGUUGCCGAUAAUGGACGAUUGGAUCAAAUAGAGGAAAAAUUGGAGAUGUUACUCGAUGAUAGCGCAGACAGGAUGAACUCAAUGGAACAAACAGUCGAGGUGAUGUCACGCCAGCUGGUGAUGCAACAGCUUUUCGUAGAGGAACGCAUCCGUGGGGAUGGACAAUCUGGUAUAAAACAGGUGCGUAGUCGUGAAACAGGUUUCAAGUCUUACCACCAGAGGUCGUACGGUGGUGUCGGAGUGGCCGCUAUGCAUCAACAUGCAAAUAACGAGCGAACAUGUGGUCUCGGAGAAUUCUCAGCCGUUCUCAACGGGGUAGAGUUCCGAACUCGUCAUAAUGACUAUCGUCUGUACAUGCCUAGUAAAUCAAGCAAGGAAUUCCACGAAGUUGAGAACGUUCCAUUUCCUGAUGUGCCCAAAGCGGUACUUGACAAGGAGACGAUUGAUGACCAGAUCCUUGAAAUGCGUGAAUGGUUCAAGGCCUGGAAGGAUCAAGACCACAGUAAAAGGGACUACAGGGACCACUUCAAACCGGUAUUGUGUUAUUUGGAAGGGGCAUGGUUGGACCCUGAAGAAAGCAUGGAAUCAUUUUUUAGCGACAGACAUUUUUUGGAUGCCUCUAGUUGGUUUGACCUUCAAGAAAAAAUCAGGUUUACUUCGUACAGUGGAACUAAGUCGACAAAAGAAAACCUUGCAUUUCUACCCGUCUCCAUAAUGGGCAUGAAUAACGCCAGCCAACCAGAGUUCGCUCAAUGGAAUUACCGUAUUCUAUGCCAUCCGAUCAAGAAAGAAAUUAAGCUGAACAGACUUUUACUUGUUGACGAUUUCCAAUUUCGUAUGAGACGGAACGCAGAUAUGGAUCAAAUACUGAAGACAAGGAGUGCACGGUUUAAGCUGAACACAGUUGAUAGUCCCGAUUAUUUUCGAAAUCCAUCAACAAUGCCGACCUUGCUUGAUGAGAUCAUGAGCGAGAUCCCUGGUAAAGAUAACUAUCCCGGAGACCUCAGAGAUAAAACAGUUGACGGUCUAGAAAUCACUGACAGGAUAACCCAGGAACCUCUAAACGCGGCCUAUUAUCAUCGGUUCUUCAGCACAAAGGACAAGGACGCGAUGGGACAACAAACGUAUCGCAGGUCAUUUGGGGAUGAUUCUCUAUUCAUGGCCAAAACCAGUCAACCAGGCGUUAAUGAGAUGUCCCUAGAUUUGUGUGAUAAGGAGUCUGCAGACUAUGAUGCUGACCAUUGUAUUCUCAAAGCUCGUUAUAGUUUCGCAAUUCCAAUGGAGCUUGUCUGGUUGACGCCACUAAGUAAAUGGAAUCCUUAUGGGUUGCAGUACAAAGGAAACGCCUUCGAGAAGAGUAAUAUGGAGAGUAAAUCAGUCAAUGCGAACGGUCGCAACGGUGGUUUUGAGGCAGACAAAGCGUUCAACGGCACGAAUCACGCAUUUUACUACCAGACGCCUGUUGAGUUCUACACCGGGACUAAUGAAAAAGGCGACGCUGCGGAUACUGCAAGGGACUCAGUUGGAGUCCUGGAUCCCGAUGGAAAAGUUCGUAAAGUAUCAGCAGCUGGUACUUACAUUUUAUUCCCGGACAUUCCCGGCGUUGGCGUUAUGAGACAGCGCUAUCCUAUUAUGCCAUUACACGAGGAGGGAUCGACCGCCUUUCAAGAGAUGCAAGCGCUACGUGACUUGGUCAUGGAGGGAAAACGGCGUCAUAAACUAUACAGAGAAAUACCCGACUUUGAAGGUAUCGAUCCUGAUAAAUCGGAAGAAACU